AGCCCGACCUCCACUUUACCAAAAAAACGGAGGGGGGGCAAAGAGAACUAACGGCACCGUCUUCUUGAAAGCAUCAAAAUUUGACCGAAGCUGCGCAAAACACACUUGGCUCACCGUCGGAGUCCAGAGCACCGCCGCGUUCAGCUAAACGGUCGAUGCGCUGCGAGGCUGAACAUCACAAACACACACACGCACGCACGCACACACACACACACACACGAACCGAGGAUUCCGAGCUCCUCGACUCUCGCUCUCUUUUGGAGUAUAUGUGGAGGUCAAGCGCGCACUUCUAUGAGAAUCUGUGCUUUGCGGCAAGACCAAGUUUGGCUGUUUUCCUGAGCGGGAGUCAAGAUAAGAGCGAACGCGGGGAAUAAACAUGGUCGUGGACGGGGCUUUGCGGCGCUUGGGCUCGCUGUGCGUCCUCGCGCUGUGCUUCGGCUUCGCGUGUCCGCGAGCUCGCGUCUACACCAACCACUGGGCGGUUCGCAUAGCCGGCGGGACCGAGGUGGCUGAUCAGAUAGCAAGCAGAUACGGUUACUCGAACCUGGGCCAGAUUGGCGACCUGAAGGACUACUACCAUUUCUUCCACAGCCGGACGAUAAAAAGGUCGACGCUCUCCAGCCGUGGCACACACAGCUUUAUCUCCAUGGAACCAAAGGUGGAAUGGAUUCAGCAGCAAGUGAUAAAAAGAAGGGUAAAGAGAGAUUAUAAACCCUUGUACCCGGGGUCAGUCAAGACCAGCGCAGCCCAGUCUGACUCCAUCUACUUCAACGAUGCUAAAUGGAGCAGCAUGUGGUACAUACACUGUAAUGACAAUAUACACAACUGCCAGUCAGACAUGAACAUUGUUGGUGCCUGGAAGAGGGGAUAUACCGGGAAAGAUGUAGUGGUCACUAUAUUGGAUGAUGGUAUUGAGCGGAACCACCCAGACCUCAUACAAAACUAUGAUAACCAGGCCAGUUAUGAUGUAAAUGGAAAUGACUUGGACCCCAUGCCCAGAUACGAUGCCAGCAAUGAAAACAAGCAUGGCACACGGUGUGCUGGGGAAGUGGCAGCAUCUGCCAACAACUCUCACUGCACUGUGGGCAUUGCCUACAACGCCAAGAUUGGGGGUGUGCGCAUGUUGGACGGAGAUGUGACAGACAUGGUGGAGGCAAGGUCACUAAGUUUGCAGCCACAGCACAUAGACAUAUACAGUGCUAGCUGGGGACCAGAUGAUGAUGGCAAAACCGUAGACGGGCCUGCAGCACUUGCCAGACAGGCCUUCGAGAAUGGCAUCCGACAGGGCAGGAAGGGCCGCGGUUCCAUUUUUGUGUGGGCGUCAGGUAAUGGUGGGCGGAGUCGAGAUCACUGCUCAUGUGAUGGCUACACCAACAGCAUUUACACCAUCUCCAUAAGCAGCACAGCAGAAAGUGGUCGCAAGCCCUGGUACCUGGAAGAAUGUGCCUCCACUCUCACCACUACAUAUAGCAGUGGUGAAAACUACGACCGCAAGAUUAUCACUACAGAUCUAAGGCAGCGCUGCACAGACAGUCACACUGGAACAUCAGCAUCAGCUCCAAUGGCUGCUGGGAUCAUUGCACUUGCCUUGGAGGCAAACCCUCUCCUGACAUGGAGGGAUGUACAGCACAUCAUUGUGAAAACGUCACGCGCUGGCCAUCUCAGUGCUCCUGACUGGAAAACCAAUGCAGCAGGAUACAAUGUAAGUCACCUAUAUGGUUUUGGGCUCAUGGAUGCUGAGGCCAUGGUCAAAGAAGCUGAGAGAUGGAAACAAGUGCCCACACAGCAUAUAUGUGUGGAAAACGCAGACAGGCAAAUAAGGACAAUUCGCCCAGAGCAUGUUGUUCGCUCUGUUUACAAGGCAACGGGCUGUACAGAUAAUGCGAAUCAUCAUGUCAUUUAUUUGGAACAUGUGGUUGUACGCAUCACUAUAACCCAUCCACGACGAGGAGACCUAUCAAUUAAUUUGACUUCACCAUCAGGGACAAAGUCGCAGCUCCUUGCAAACAGACUCUUUGACCACUCAAUGGAGGGCUUUAAGAACUGGGAGUUCAUGACUACUCAUUGUUGGGGAGAGAAAGCUGCUGGAGACUGGAUCCUCGAGAUCUAUGACUCACCUUCACAAGUCCGGAGUCAGAAAGCCCCGGGUAAACUAAAGGAGUGGUCUUUGGUGCUUUAUGGUACCUCAGUGCACCCAUAUUCCUCCCGCAGUGAUAAGACUCGCUCUGCGCCGGAGUCUCCAGAGGAUGAGUAUAUUGAGGAGUAUGCAGGCCCCUGUGACCCAGAGUGCAACGAAAAUGGCUGCGAAGGUCCAGGGCCCCAUCAGUGCAACAAUUGCCUGCACUACUUCCUCAAGUUUAAAAACAACACCAGGAUGUGUGUGCCUGAAUGUCCGCCUGGCUUUUUCCGGGAUGAUAAGAGGCGCUGUAAGAAAUGUUCCCCUCUAUGUGAAUCCUGCAUUGGUAGUCGCAGCGAUCAGUGUACCUCUUGCCGGCAAGGUUUUUACCUCCGAGAAGGAGCCAGUACAUGCAUCUACGCAUGCCCUGAGGGCUACUAUCUGGACCUUGAUGCCAGUAUGUGCCGUAAGUGCAGCGAGAACUGCAAGAAAUGUGCUUCAGCAAAUAUUUGCACAGAAUGUAAGCCAGGGCUCAGUUUACAAGGGAAUAGGUGUCAGCUGACAUGUGAAGCUGGCACAUACUACAAUGGGCACAAACGAGUGUGUGAGCAGUGCCAUCCUGCUUGUGCUACAUGUGCAGGUACUGGCAUGGAGGCCUGCACAAAAUGUGCAGAGGGAUACUAUCUUGAGGAGUGGCGCUGUGUUCCCAGUUGCAAUGCAGGAUACUACAUGGCAGAGAAAACUGCAGAAAAUGGAGAGGUCCAGAAAUCUUGCCGCAAGUGUGAUCAUACAUGUUACACAUGUACAGGUCCAGGAGAUAGAAACUGCAGUGCCUGUGUGAACGGCUAUAACCUAGAAAAUGGUGUGUGUAUCGUCAGCACUAUCUGCAAAGAUGGUCAGUUUGUGGGGGAUGAUGGCAAAUGUCAUUCAUGUGACAUUACUUGCUAUAAAUGUAAAGGACCAAGCAGCAAUGAUUGCCUUAGCUGUUUGUUGACUAGGAUCUUGGACGAAGGAGGAUGUGUAAUGGAGUGUGAGUCUGGAAAAUUUGAAAGGGAUGGGCAGUGUCAACGCUGCCAUCAUACAUGUCAUGAGUGUAAUGAUGAAGGUCCAGACAAAUGCACGAGCUGCAGCAGAGACAUGUUUGGAAUGGAGCGCUACCUGUUCAAGGAUGAGUGUGUGGAAAGCUGCCCACAGUCACACUACCACUCCAUGAAAAGCACGUGCGAGCCGUGCGGACAGAACUGCAGGGUCUGCACGAACGCUACGCACUGCGUUCACUGCGCCUCGUCGUUCUACAGUAAAAACGGCGCGUGCGCCAAGCUUGCGUGCGUAGACGGUGAAGUGGCUGAUACAGAUCAUGAGAAUUGUGUUACUUGUGAAGAAGGCUGUCAGAAGUGCCUCAGUGAAAAUCCAGCACAGUGCAUAUCCUGUCUGCAUGGAUAUUACAGAUUGAGGGCAAAUUGCCAUAAGAUUUGUCCUGAGAAAACGUAUGGAGAUGUCACUGAUAUGGUGUGCAUGCCUUGUGAUGAUUACUGUGUCAACUGUGAUGACUCCCAGUGUCACCUCUGUGAAGAUGACUUCUUCCUCUCAGACGGAACGUGUGUGAAGAAAUGUAAAGAAGGUUUUUAUCCUGACACAACACAUGAGUGUGAGGCAUGUCACCAUGAAUGUCGUACAUGUGGUGGCCCGUACUAUAACGACUGCGACUCUUGUGAGGAUGACAUGCAGUUGAAGGAUGGGCAGUGUGUCAGCAUGAAUACAGCAGUCCAGUGUAAACCCUUACACUUUCUCAAUGAACAUGGGGAAUGUGAACAGUGUCACCUUACCUGUAAGCUGUGUUGGGGACCGAGAGCUGAGGAGUGCAAUAUCUGCAUGGAUGGUAUGUUUUUGGUUGCAAGCAGUCAUAGGUGUGAAUCGUCUUGCCCUGCGGGUACUUUUGGGAGCAAGACGAGUGGCCACUGUGAGGAGUGCCUGAAAGGCUGUGCCAAGUGCAAUGAAGCCCAACACUGCCUCAAGUGUAGAAGCGGCCUCUUCCUACAGAACGGCUUAUGCGUUGCCAAGUGUACAAAGGGUUACUCUGAAGGCGGUGAUUGCCUUAGCUGUGCUGAACGAUGUGCUUCGUGUGAAAACGAACCUGGUUUUUGUCUGAGCUGCGAGCAAGAGUACCUGCUUCACAAACACACCUGUGUGGUCCACUGCCCUGAGGGCUACUAUGUCAAAGGCAACGUGUGCGAGCAGUGUCCUAACAGCUGCACCCAGUGCGACAUAAAAGGCCAUUGUAGUGAAUGUAAGCAGUACUAUUUCCUUUAUGAAGGUAUGUGCUUGGAUGAUUGUCCCAAUGCGUACUUUCCAAAGGUGCAAGAAAAGAAAUGUGAGCGUUGUCAUAAAGACUGUAGAACCUGUGAUGGACCUGAUGCAGAUGACUGCAUAUCAUGCUGGAAUCCUACAGACGUCCGCUACAAUGGAGCGUGUCUGUCUACCUGUCCAUCGUUUACAUACAAGGACAAGACUGAAUGUCGUGACUGUGAUAGGUCCUGUCAGACCUGCUCUGGCCCUCACCCUUCCUCAUGCCUCAGCUGUAGGCCCAACAUGAGGAAAGAUAUUAACGGCCAUUGUGAGUUCUAUAGCAGCUGCUCUCAAAACACAUAUGUGGAUAAAGAUGGGCAGUGCAAACCGUGCCACGCAAGCUGUCUACACUGUUCAGGCGCAGGCGAACAUCUGUGCCUCAGCUGUCGCCCUGGCUAUUACCUGCACAAUCACAUGUGUGUUUCCAUGUGCCCGGAUGGUUACUACGGUGACACGAAGGAGCAAGAGUGUGUUAAGUGCCAUGUGACGUGUGCAUUGUGCCAUGGGUAUCACAGUAACGAGUGCCUCAGAUGCAAAGCAGGCCUCUUCCGAUUGGAUAACUUCUGUCUGCAAAUAUGUCCUUCCAGCUUCUAUGGCAAUGAUACCAGUGGGACAUGUGAGCGGUGUGACCCGUCGUGUGCGGAGUGUUCAGGCAGUGGCAAAACAGACUGCCUAGGCUGUAGCGACGGUUACUUCCUGUUAAAACACGAAGGGAUUUGUGUGCAUGUGUGCCCGUCCAGCCACUUCGCUGACAGUUCGAAUAAAGUAUGUCAAAGAUGUCACUCAUCCUGCAAAACCUGCAAAAAAGAAGGACCUUUAUACUGCACGUCCUGCUAUGAAGGCUUUCGAAAGUUUGGAGGAAUUUGCUCAUCCGAGUGUCUUGCCGGAGAGUACGCAAUAUCUACGAGCCCAGAGGUCAAGUGCGUACCAUGUGACCCAUCAUGCUUAGAGUGUAAAGGGGAAGGGCCGUCCAACUGCACCAGCUGCUAUGCUGCACAUCGUCUCUCAGAGGAUAGAAGGUGUUUAGCUUGCUGUGGAAAUGAAAAUCACAUGGACUCGUCCCCACUGCCAUGGGAGUGCUGCCAGUGCCAUGACGCUUUCUUUGAUGAAUGUGUGCCCGGGUUCAACUUUAAUUUUCGCAGCAAAGAGGAAGUACCUGCAGGCAACUCUGGCCUCAUUACUGUAACUACAAUAUUCCUGCUGAUAGGCAUAGGCGUAGUGGGUUUCCUUUUCAUGCACUGCCGUCCAAAACUGCCAUCCUUACGUGCUCUGAAAUCAAACGGCUACACCAAGCUGGACAAAGAGCCUGCCUUUACCACGGCCACCCUACCUGACAGCAUUAUGGGUGAGUACAGUGAUAAGAAUAAGGAUGAAGAUGAAGAAGAGGACGAGGAUGAGAUUGUGUACAUGGGGCAGGAUGGUGUGGUGUAUCAUAAAUUUAAGUAUGGCCUUUUAGACCAGGAAGAAGAGGACUUGGACAUGGGGAUGGAGAUGGAGUAUGAUUACUCAAUUUAUGCUGUAAAAUGAAGUGUAUAAGAGUCUGUAACUUUUAAUACGUCUGUAGCACUUUCUAAAUUUGUUGGCUGACAGGAGAUUAUUUAUUGCUAAUAUAAUCCAGAGAAUGAAGCCCUUUCAUUCUUCGAAGGUGAGGUGUACAAAAUGUUUUGAUAGUUUGAAGAACAAUCGAUUGUAAGCAUUUUGUUAUUGCCUCCAAAUUGUAUGAUUGCAUUCCUGUACUGUUUAAAACAUUCUGUUGCUGUCUUUACUUUAUUAUCUCCAGUACAAUAUGUGAAAAUCUGUUCACAGUCGUUCCGACAAGUUACCAUGAAUGUAGACUUCAGGAGCUUACUUGACAAAGUGCUUGUAGUGUCGACUACCUUUUUUUUCCUGUCGGUGUCACAAUACAAGAGCAUCCAUACACAAGGGAUAAUCCAUAAUUACAUCAAAUUACCAUAGUCCAGUCCAUCAGAGUACAUUUCACAGUGUAAAUUAAUGGAUCAAAAUAUGUUUUAACAUCCAUCACCAUUUGUGUUUUUGUGUUUUGUUUAGAAUUUAACUGGAAAAGGAAGAAUUAUUAUUAUUUUUUUUUCCCCCAACAUGAAUAUGAUGUGACACAGAACACUCCAGUGGCAGUAUAAAAUUAUUUGGUUUUAUGGUUUAAUUAUUUAACUUUAUGAUUGUAAUUUGACACACUGAUUUACAAAAGGUAUAUUUCAUUAUAUUCUAAAAAAAACUAUAAUUUAUUUUCAAUUUAGACAAAAUCUUUACAAUAAAAGCCAUCAUCUGUUGGAUGUCAGAAGAACAUCUGAGUUAUUAAACACUUUUGAUUUACCCCUUA